ACGACGACGAUCAGGCAAACUAACUACUCCGCAGUACGAUAUUCGGUCGCCCGGACGACAGCGCGCCAACCGCCAGUCAUUCGCCAGUCGACAGUGUCAGACACUCGGCGUUCGACGCCGCUCGCAAUAUUGGUACCCUGUGUACAAGCGCUAAGCAGCAGCCGCCACCGCCACAAUGACGUCCUCCGACCACCGUUGUUAGUUGGGCCGCCGUCCUUUUGUUUAUUUGUUUGUUUACGCCUUCCAACGGGCACUGCGCCGCGGCUGACGCAAUCCCGAUCCGCCGGCCUGAACCUCUGCCUGAACCGCCAUGGCCGACGACGAGGUUGUUGUUAAACUUGAAGAAUCUCAAUCAAUAAAUGAUAAUAUUGAUAAAAUAGAAGAUAAUGUGGAACUACCUCUUGAUGAUUCAAGUAAAGAUAAAGAUUAUGAACAAGUAGAUGAAGCUGAUGAUGAAACAACGAUGGAAGAAGAAGAAGCACUUCCGGAAUUGGAAGAUCCUUUAAGAGAAAUAAGAUUUUUAGAAGAAGAGAGUAACAUGCCUAUUCAUGAACUUAUGGUUAUGUAUGGAUAUUCAAAAAGUACUCUCCCGGAAACCAGUACAAAAAAAAAAAAGAAAAAGAAAAAGAAAAGCUCUUCAAAGAAAAGUAAAGAUAAAAAAAGAAAGAAAAAGCUUUCAACUUCAUCUGAUGGCGUCGCAGAAAAAAAAUCCAAAUCAACUGAUAGACGAAGAUUAGUUGAAGAAAACACUGGUGAUUCAUCAAAUAAAAUGUCAGAAGAAACAUCAAAGGAAAAUGAAAGUGUUAAGGAUGGUAAAGAGUGUGAUGAAGCAUCAAAAUUAUUAGACUUAUACAUGGCAGAACUUGACCAAGUACAAAGUGAAGAUGAAGAUGAAGACUAUAGGCCUCAUUGGGAACUUCAUUGGAAGAGCGUUAAUGUUGGAGUAAAUUUUCAAGCUCUAGUAACAGAUGGGUUAUCGACAUAUGGUGAUGUAAUGCCUUAUGAAAAUAAUGAUGAACUGUUAUGGGAUCCAAAUGUAUUGGGUGAAGAUUUAAUUGAAGAUUAUUUGACGAAAAUCCAGCAAAUUACAAAGGCAUUAAAGCCAAAAUCUAAAGUUGUUGGUAUUCGUGAUAAUGAAAAAGCACUUUACUUGUUAGUUCAGUGUGGUCAUGAUGUGGCUGAAGCUCUCAGAAGAAUGUCAUUAAAUGUAGUACCUUUGGAGAAAUCAUUAAGUGUCUGGUCAGAAGAUGAAACAUUGAAGUUUGAGAUGGGAUUACUAAUAAGUGGAAAGAAUUUCCAUGCCAUACAAAAAGAGGUUAAAACUAGAUCAGUAGCAGAGUUGGUUCAUUUUUAUUAUUUUUGGAAAAAAAGUGACAGGCAUGAUCAAUUCGAAAGAAAACAAGUUUCAAUGCGUCCAGAAAUGAAGCAGUGGCAACAUUGGGAGUCGGAAGAAGAUCAAGAUAGUGAUUUUGAUACAAGUAUGUUUCCAGAACAUAGUCAUGAUGAUAGUGAGGAUAGCUUGAACGCUGCUGAAAAUAAAGCACAAAUGAAGUGUUUAAUUUAUGCUGAUCGCAAAAGACAAAUUGAGAAUUAAUAAUUCAUUCAAAAAUUGUGUUAUAUCGUCAAACUUAAUACAAUGUAAUAGUUCUUCAUGAUUACAUAAUGCCUGACACUUGGAAACCGUUUGAGAAAUCCACAGAUAAUGUAUAAUUACC